AUGAUGACAUUGAGCAGGAGCCUCCUAGUCCAGAACCAAUGGAAGAAACAGAACCAGAAGAUCCAAAUCUUAAUGGCACUAUCUUGCCAGGUCUUUAUGAUGAAGAUGAGACAAGGAACUCAUCCCCUCGACUUAACAAGAACUGUCUGAAGAAUGUGUUUGCUGUCAUCCUGAUCUUUAUUUAUCUGCUGCUGAUGGCGGUGGCUGCCUUCCUAGCUUACCAGACUAUCACUGACUUCCUGGAGAAACUAAAGCAUCCUGUGAUGUCUGUGUCAUAUAAGGAGGUGCUUGAAUAUGAUGCUCCAGGAAUUGCCCUUUUUCCUGGAAUGGCCCAGUUACUAAGCUGCAAACAUUAUUUCCAUGAUCACAUUCCACCCCUGGAAAAUCCUGGGCAGUUUGGAAAGAUAGACUGCAAAACUGAAGAAAUCAACUACACUCAUCCAUUCACUAAUCAGACAAUGAGACAUGCUUUGAUUGUUCGAGGGCCUACCAAAGUCAGGCAGAGGGAAGUGGUUUUCCUUCAGUUUCGUCUUAACAAAACAGAACAAGACUUCACUGCAAUUGAUUACCUUCUGUUUUUUUCCUUCCAGGAAUUUCAUAAUAGUGCUGAUAAAGCCCAGUUCAUGAAAGACUGUGAAAGUUCCUACUCAAUGUGGACUUUUUCCGGAGGAUUUCGAACAUGGGUCAAAAUGGCUCUUGUGACUACAACUGAAGAAGAUGGAAAUCGGUCAGUUGAGUUCAGGCAAGAGUCCAGUGUGGUGAGCUAUAACGAUCGGCGGCAGCCAUCAGAACGCAGCGACCGUCUAUUCUUUGUUGUAUUUGAAUGGAAAGAUCCUUUUAUUCAGGAAGUCCAAGAUAUAGUUACCGGCAACCCCUGGAACAUGAUUGCUAUCCUUUGUGGUAUUUUUCUUGCCUUGUUCAAAGCAGCAGAUUUUGCAAAGUUUAGCAUCAAAUGGAUGAUCAAAAUCAGGAAGCGACAGCUAAGAAACCGAACCAGGGAACUGAAAGAUAUCAGUUGAAUGCUUCUGGAAACUUUUGCAGUAUAAUUAUUUUCUCUGCCUUCUAGAACUCUAGUAGAGAUCAACAGUACCUAGUAAUGUGAAAACACCUUUUUGUUUCUCCAGAUUUUUAAAGUGCAAGACAUAAUGGAAAACUGUG